GAGAAAAUCAUCGCGUUUCCAUGCGAAACAUUGUGCUGAGUCUGUUGGUGCCCCUGGUGGCUGGAUCGUGUUUGCCCGAUGCCAUCCCACCUGAAAACCGAAAGAACUUGGUCAACCCCAAUGGCGAAACCUAUCCCGUUGGCCUCUUCGUCUCCUCGUAUGCAGCUUCAUAUGCGGCUCAAUACUUGGGAUCCAUUCUCAUUCAGGAAAUGCUCGGAUACAACACUACGCUUAACCUUGAUAAUCUGAGAAGCGGUGCAUUGUCGGGAUAUUACGGGUUAACGGGAUGCAGCACUCCCACCAACACUGACGACCGUGGAUGCAUAGAAGGCGUCACUACCUACUCUCACAUCACAUUUGAGAGUUGGUCUGGAUAUCAUCAUGAUUGGAAGUUCAUUCAAGACACCUACUCAUCCAUGGCGCCCAUCAACAGAGGCAACAUGGGAUACAUGGGCUUUAUUACCGCCUUCAUUCCCAAACUUGUUCAAGAGCAAGCGUACUCUGCACAGGGCGUAGCGCUUGAGUACUACCGAAAUUGGAACGUGUCUUGGAACCAGCCUUGGAACUUCUUCGGCGGCAUAUCAUCAGUUGAGAAGCGAAAUUUGAUGCCUUGCAACGCUUCCAUGAUGCAGGAUGACCCUGCCAUGAGGCGUCACGUACAGUUCACUGGGGACACAGAUGGGGUUGUCAUCGCCAAUGAGAAGUAUUCGGGACGAUGCGAUGACAAUUAUUGGUGGUUGCCGCCAGCUUGCAGGUCGAACCCAUCCACUUGUGUUCCGUGGAUUACAGGAGGCACCGGUUGGUCAGUUGAAGAGUUCAUGCAGAAGUUCACCACCUGGAACAUGCCUGUUGCAGUUGGCGUUGCCACAACCUGGGGCGACUACACGACCUUGCCACUUGCAGGCAACAUGGCCUUCUAUUGGUGGUCCCCAGACCCCACUUUCCUGGAACUUUCACCAUUGCGUGUGGAAUUUCCGGACUUCAACAAACGCGAGCAUGACCAGGGCAUCCAAACAUCACAGCUCAACGCAAUUAGCAUCGACACCCUUGUCAGCCGUGAUCUUCCUGUGUUGGCUCCAAUGGUGGAUAGGUUUGCAGAUAAUUUGGAGAUCAGCCAGGCCCAAAUGGACGCACUUCUGUUGGAGCAGAAGAACACCGGAGAUUCCUGGGAGAAUGUGACCUGCAGAUGGGUCCUGGCGAAUCGUGCCACAUGGCAGAAGUGGAUCCCUGACCAAUCUGCGUGCUUUCCCGGCUUUGGUCUCUACGACACUGUGGUGAAAGACUUCGUGGAGAUGCGGGAGAACGCCACGAACCAGAUCACGUGCCAGGCUUGUCCACCUGGAACCUUCUCACAGAAACUCGAAGACAGCAUUGGCACGGGCGAGACCUACAUCUGCGUACCCUGUGGCCUUGGAACUUCGCAGCCCUCAGGAGCUGCACUGAGCUGCACACCCUGCAAAGUAGGCGGAUAUCAGGAUGAAAAUCGCAGCACGGAGUGCAAGCGUUGCCCCUUCCGCACCUACCAGGAUGAGGAAGGUCAAGUGGCGUGCAAAAGUUGCCCCGCCUCCACCAACACUUUGGGGUUGGGAUCCAUCGCACCAAGCGAUUGCGGCUGUUUGGAGGACCAAAUUGACAUGGACCGUUCAGGCAGCUUCGAGUGCGUCGCCUGCAUGGAGGGAAUGAAAUGCCCAGCUCUAUCCCAGUUGGUCGAUUUGGAGAACGGAACCAGCGCCAACGGAGAGUUAUUCACUCCGAUGAUCAUGGAGGGCUUCUACACCACGAAGGACUCUCCCACAGAGGCGUCAACCCUGGCCGAACAACCUGAGAGCUUUACCAUUCGGUCUUCCGGUGCCGCAGCACGCGAACUUGCCCUGGUGGAACCCCUGGUGCCACCUGGACUGGAAGUGUUUGUGAAGAUUGCGCAGGGUCUGGCAGUGUGCGGCGUUUUCGCAUUCUUGACCUUGGCCUACUACCUGACCUCAUCCAAGGUCACGGCAAAAGCUACUGUGCUUUUUGCAACAACGGCUUCCUUCGGCAUGUUGGUUAUGUCGAUGCAGAAUUUGGGGCUGGUUGGUACUAUGACUGUUGAGUGGCCAGAAGGACUCCAGGCGCUGUUCAGCUUUUGCCAGCUCUUUUUGCUGGACAUCGAUUCUUAUGGCUUCAGCUGCCUCGCGGGCUUCUUGGCCCAAGAGUUCCCAGAAUACCGUGAACGACUUUACGAAUUCCAGAUGUUCACCUAUCCAAUUUCAAUGCGCCUUGGUUUCGACCUCGGAAGCAUCCGCUUCUGCUCCUGGAGCUACGAUUCUGGAACCUUCGUUGACACACCCGCUUUGGUUUUGGGCACCUCCGCUUUGAUUCCUGGCACCAUGGGUGGCGGAACCACGUACACGGAAAUUUCCUUGGCGCAAAGCUGCCAGAGCAUCCGCUUCGGUCAGUCAGAACCAAUCCGCUACCUCCUGACUGCCCUGAUCUUCCCCGUGGGUAUUGCAUGGUUGGCUUUGGGAUACGGCGUGUCCCGAUUCUUCCCCGAGAAAUACCAUUGGGAAGGACCAAAGGUUUGCUCUACCAUGGGAGCUUUCCUUCAAGUUGGAUUCAGCACCAUGAGCGCUACCUCUUUGGCGCCAAUGAUGUGCUUCCAGCAUCCCAACGGUCUCCGAAGCAUUCUCAAGUAUCCCGGUGUCAUUUGUGGUUCCGCGGAUCACACUUCCAUGUUGGUCUUCGCUGGGAUUUUGUUGGUGGUAUUCGUGUUCGGCUUCGUGGCCUUGUGUGGAUUUGCUGUGUGGAAAGUGCCUUCAUGGAGUGCCAAGCGCCGCGAUCAUUUGGUUGCUUCAGUGCGCUUCCUGGUCUUCCGAUUCCGCUUGGCCCUUCGGCUCGCCCGGCUCUACCUUGGUCGUUAGAGUUCGCCUGAGGUUCAUUUCCUCUUCAAGUUGGACUGGCAGCACAUUGGGGUUCGUUUCCCCUUCAGUUCUGGAACAUGUGUUACUCACAAGGGAGGUGUUUUUCCCCAAGCACCGGCCACUGCGGGGAUCUCAGUGGAUUGUUCAUGGCUUCGGCCUUCUGCGCUUUGCAGCUUUGGUUAGUCCUAGCAGGGGGGGCUACUUUUUCCUGUACAAGACGAACUGAGAGUUUGGC